AUGGACGUACGACUCGCUUUUCUCCGACAACCAUCUCCUGAACCCAGCUCAUUGCCUUUGCAAUGUUCGUUCACGCAUCGAGUGACGAAUGCAGAGGGAGAGGUCGAGCUGAAUUACUGGCCAGCUAGAAGGGGAAAUAGUUCUCCUCCUUCGCAUCUGAUCCUCUUCAUCCUAGGUAACCCCGGAUUAUUAGGAUAUUAUCCACCAUUCCUAUCACAUCUACAUUCCCUCUUGCCUGAUUCGUGUGCUAUAUUAGCGACUUCUCAUAUUGGUCAUUCGACGAUGAUCGCUCCCCCCGAAGAACCACUUGAUCUCCCUCAACAAUUAGAAAGUAAAAUCGAAUUGGUCCAAUCUAUCAAAGGAUAUCUUGAUGACUGGGCUAAAGAGGAUGUCAACUAUUCAUCAAAACCAAAGAUCAGUCUGAUGGGUCAUUCAGUUGGUGCAUGGUUAUCAUGUGAAAUAAUGAAAAGAUUAAAUACAAGUGAACGAGAAGAAAAUUGGUUGAUUCAAUCUGGAUAUUUACUAUUUCCUACUUUGGGUUGGAUAAGUAAUUCAUGGAAUGGAUGGACGUUAUGGCCAAUAUUCCACAGACCGUUCAAACAACUCUUACCACUGCUAUCACCUUUGAUCCGACCAAUACUCCCUUGGACUUCAUUACCUCCUACAUCACUUUCCCUCGUUCGCUCACCUGAAGUCAUCAGACACGUCCUGCAUCUUUCCAGAUCUGAGAUGGACCUCAUUCGCGAACCUGACAUUCCAUGGUACAAAUCCCAACGAGUUGGAGAUCAUCAAAAGGGAUUAUUUGGAGUAUGGGCAAAGGGCAAGUUGGAUGGCUGGGUAGGCGAGGAUGGUCCAUUGGUCCAAGAAGCUUUAGGUGGAGAAUCGGAAGGAAGAGUGAAAUUAUUAGAUGGUGUACCGCAUGCGUUCUGCUUGACUCAAGCAAACUCUGAAUUGGUUGCUGAAGUAGUAGCGAAUUGGAUUAACCCGUCAUCCGCUCCCUCUGCUCAUGCACCUACGAAUCGAUCCGAAGAACCAGCUGGAGCAGACGUCAUACCGAUGUAG